AUGGAGGGCAAGAGAAUAUUACUGCUGUUGAUAGCAAUAUCUUCUGUAAGUACAAGUGACAUAACCUCGUCAAUAUUCGGAAACUUUCUCGAGUUUGUGCCAGCAGCCUUCGGAGAUUUCAACUCUGAUGAGCUGACGGACGUGUUUGUGCUGACAAAAGACUCAAAGACUUUAGAAAUCCUGCUGGCGAAUAAUGACAUUGAGCCAAUUCUUCGACCAUCAAACUUGACAUGUUCCUUCAAGAACAGCAUCACCAGCAUAGUUCCCGGCGAUUACGACGGUGACGUCUUCAUGGAUGUCCUGGUAACUACUCACGAUCCUAGUUCAGACUUGACCCACGUCCACAUUAUCUGGGGCGGGAUUGGAACCAUCACUUGCUCCAACGAAACUGAGCCACUGAUCAGCAUGCGAGGCCAGCCUUUGGCUAUCGACUACAACCAGGACAUGAUCAUCGACCUUUUUGGGACAAACAUAGAAGACAAGCGCGUGUUUUGGGUAAAUCGCAACAGGACUAAGCCCGAAGUCGUUCGGAUGGAAAAAUUCAACGACCUUCCACUGGUACCAAUUAAAUCUCCACACUCAAAUUCAUUUUUGGAUCUAAACGAUGACUACUUGCCAGACUUGAUGAUCACCACGGAGGAAGCCUUUGAAAUCUGGCACGGAAUCCCCGGAGGGUUCAAGUACUCCAAGAGAGUAGAGUGGCCUUUUGGAGUCGUAAGCGCCGGCGGUCAUGUUGGUCAGUCUCUGUACCUAGAUGUCGAACUUAAAGGUUCGCUGGACUUGGUGGUACCACUGUGCUUCGACUAUCAGUGCAGGAACUCGACCAUCGUGUUGUACCGCGACGGCUGGCACGACCUGCAGAUAAACUUCGCAGAUAUAAAAAAAGAACUCUGGGGUUUUGUCCCGCCAGACAAAUGGAAGAACGUCAUGUACACUGAUGCGAUAACUCUGCACACUGGAGACUUCAACAUGGACGGGUACCCCGACCUCCUGGCGACCCUCCAGACCAACAAAGCUAAACAGACCAGAACGUUUCUGCUGGAAAAUGUUGAAUGCAAAAUUUGCGAGGGAGUUAAUCGGACUUUUGAAAUCCACUGGGACGCCCUCAAUCCUUUUAAAAAUGAAUCGGUGAUGGGAGUUUUCUACGACUUUUAUCAAGAUGGAAUCCUGGAUGUUAUCUUGGUGGAACACGACAAGGCUACUGGGCAGUACUACACUCGGGCUUUUAAAAACAGCCUGGACUACGAUGCAAACUUUGUUAAGGUGAUGGUUCUUACGGGACUCACCAAUAGUAAAUAUCCGAUUUCUCCUGGGUCUGUCGGAAAGAAGAAACGGACUUAUGGUACUAAUUUACCUGGACCGUCGAUUGCUUAUAAGACUACCACUCAAGAAGGUUAUCCUCGGGGAGCUAUUGCUGCGCAGCUACCUCAGAGCGCUCACUUUUCUUUGAAUUUACCUUACACUACUUUUGGACUUGGUCGCAUGCCGAAUUAUAUUGAAAUGUUGACUGUUGGGGUCGCAGGAAAGUACCGCGAGUGGCAGCAAAUAAUCCCAAAUUCACAAAUAGUGGUAAUCCCAAACCCAAUAACUGAAGCAAGCAAAUGGAAAGUCCAAUUAUUCGUAACACCUAGUAAAUUGAUAUUGCUAAGUGCCGCAGCACUAACAGGUACUUGCGGUCUGAUAUCGGCGAUAAUAAUAGCACUCUACUGGAAGGAAAGACGAGAGGACAAAAUAGAAAGACUGCAGGAAGCUCACAGAUUCCAUUUUGAUGCUAUGUAG